AUGCGCGACAACGACGGAGAGAACGGGCCUGCGGGUACGGGAGGGAGCGCCCAAGAAGAAGGCGGUGAGCUUGCCGGGGCCCCGCCCAGUCUUUCAGCUCACGAUAGUGAGCGUCACUCAAGCGACAGCUCCAAUGCCGCUAGCACUCGUGCGGAGCCGGUUAUCGAAAGCAAAGCCGUUGUAGACGCGGCUGACAACGCCAAAACGGUACCAAAAUUGGGCGGCAACGCAGGUGGUAAUGACACGAGUGUAUGCGAGGGCAGAGACGGAGAUGAUCCGACGCUCGGAGACGCCUCGAUAGGCAAAGUUGGCGUUGGUGACGAGGACAAAUAUGCGACAGGGUUUCGCGACGACGCAGGUGCCAAAUUCGAGGUUGUGUGUGAGGGUGCAGACCGCGGGGGCGGAAACGGAGAUGACCCGGCAGUCGGAGGUGCCUUGGAGGAUCCACGUGCACGACAGUUGUCUGGCGACAAGAGUGAUAGCGACAAGGGCAGCAAGUCCGUGAUCGAGUGUCCGUCAAGAACGGACGUUGCAAUUAAGGGUGGUGCGAUUGGUAGCGUGGACGACAACGAGCCCGCAGAUAAUGCAGCUGGUGGCAUGGAUGCUGGCGGCAUGAGAGGUGCUUCUCCGCGCGCGGAAUGGGGAUUGUGUUGCCAAGGCAGCCAUGGCGACCAAGUGCGCGGAAACGCUGGACGUCAAGUCAAGGUUGGUACCAAACGAAAGUGCAGUCCAUCAAAAGCCGGUGCCUCUUCGCAGUCGACGAAAAAGCUCCGUCUGUACUCGCCCCACGAAGUCGACAGAAGCCCUUCAUCAGCUUGCGAGGUUGAGGAGAAGCGUGAGACCUGCAUUGAAAACAGCAAGAGGAAGGAAAGUAGCGACGAGGAGCUACUCCCGCACCUUCCGUUUGCUGAACCAAAGCAACCACGCGUGCGUAGCAGCAACACGAAGAAGGAGCGAGAGGAGAUGAUUGCCUCUCACACCAAUGUGGAAAACUACGUCGGGCCAGUUCCAAGGAGAGGCUACGCAACCUGGAAGUCUUGGGAAGUUGCGUAUGCAGACUACUGCCGUUCGCAGCGCGUGUACUAUCGCGUUCGCACGUCUAUAGACGUUGACGAGUACAAUCGGUACGACGCUUCAUUUGUGGCCAUCAACGAUUUAUUAACUUUUACGCUGUUAUCUAAGAAUCACACUACGAACAUUACAACGGCCCAGUUCCACAAGUUCUUUUUGAGCUACCGGAGUAAGCAUGGUGUCUUUCAAAAGCGUUGUGGCGUUGGUAAAAGGAACGCCACCGUAAACUUGACCGGUUGUCCGGCUCGAUUUGACCUCGGGCUCAUCAACGUGGCUUCGGCUGGUGAGCUCCCACGUCAUCGACUCGUUGCUCACAGUGAGUGGCGCAUGCACAAUAAUGCGUCUGAGGAAGCGGCCGCUACAGCUGGUAUGAAGGACCCGCCAACACGCGGUGCUAUUGUUGACACAGUGGCUGCAAUGCAUGACAGCUACACCUCGCCCAGCAAAUGUUUUGGGUACAUGAGUGAGAAGCUGGGGAGCCUCGUUGCAACCACGCCGACUGGCCGAGGCUUUCCUGUUCUCGACUUCAUGGCGUUAAACCCGAAUGCUGUGACUCUGCAGAAAAUGUUUGAGCUCUUCAAAAGCAAGAACUCGUCUUGGCCCUUCUCUUUCUGA